AUGAUCGAGCAGAUAAAACAGGCGGGAGGCGCCCGCACGCCCCUGUCGCAGUCCUACGUGGCGCGCGCCCUGAGUGAGGGGGAGGUCGAGCUGGCUGACGCCAUGGUGGGGCGUGUGGCGGCCCUGGCGGAGCUGGCUGAUGCCAGGGGGGUGCGGCUCAUGAUCGACGCCGAGCACACGUACUUCCAACCGGCCAUUGACCACACGGCCAAGGCCCUGUCAAUGCAGUACAACAAGGAGUGGCCCGUCAUAUUCAACACCUACCAGGCGUACCUGAAGGGCAGCUACACACUGCUGAUGGAGGACAUGGAGAGGGCGCGGCGCAACGGGUUUGGUGCCAAGCUGGUGCGUGGUGCAUACCUGAGCUUGGAGCGGCGCCGCGCAGCAGCCAAGGGCCAGGAGAGCCCGAUAUGGGACACCCUGCAAGACACACACGAUAACUACAACAGGUGCAUGCGUGCCGUGCUGCGCGAGGUCAAGGAGUCUGGGGCAGAGCUGAUGAUCGCCAGCCACAACCAGGACUCGAUUGAGCAGGCGGUGCAGGAAAUGCACCGCCUCGGGCUUCCCCCCACCGGCGGCGGCGUCUACUUCGGGCAGCUGCUGGGAAUGGCGGACUCUCUCACGUUCACGCUGGGGCAGAACGGGUAUGAGGCGUUCAAGUAUGUCCCAUAUGGCCCCAUAGCCGAGGUGCUGCCCUACCUGGUGCGCCGCGCCCAGGAGAACAGCGCAAUAGUGCAGGGCGCCGCAGUGGCGCGCCAGAUGGACAUGCUGCGGUCAGAGAUCGGGCGCCGCGUGGUGCGCCUCGGCCGCGCGGGCUGA